AUGCACAGCCCUAAAACUUCAAAUAGCAGAGGCCAAAUCUCAAAUUUUGCUCGUCCCAAAAAAAGGCGGAUCGCUGGCAAGACAGCCAAGGAUAACUUUAAACGGACACAUCGCCUCCGCAUCACUCCAGUGCUGAAAUAUCUAGGAAUUAUCUUCGACACCAAAUUAAACUGGAUCCCCCAUGUGCUGGAGCUGAAAAAGAAAACUGCAAGAUUAGCCCAACAACUAAGAUAUAUGCAGGGCUAUAAAUGGGGUCUCAAUCCCUAUAUCCAGAAAACGCUUUACACAACAGUAGCCGAGAAAGUUAUAACUUAUGGAGCGGCUGUUUGGUCAGCGCCUAUGCAGGGCCGCAAAGUCAAGCAUCUACUUAGCAUACAAAGGCCUUUUCUCCUGAAUGUCACCAAGGCCUUCCGAACAUCCCCUACAAAUGCGUUAUGCGUACUAGCGGGAUUGCUACCGCUCCAUCUGAGCGUAGAAAAGGAAGCAGCCUAUCAGGAGAUCACUCAACUUGGCAAUCUAACCACCUUCAGAGACGAGCUAUACUCACCAGCCGAAUUUGAACAAAAGAUGAUACGCCUUGCCGAUCACCCCUCAACGCAGGGACAGGGAGUAAAGAUUAGCAUCAAGCAAAACACCAAUGUAAAGGAAGAUGAUCUAGUCUAUUAUACCGACGGGUCAAAACUAGAUGAAAAUACAGGUUGCGCCUAUGUUGCCCUCAGACAGCAAAGCACAAUAGCACAAUGGAAAGGUCACCUGGACACAAACAACAGCGUGUUCCAGAGUGAAGUAAUGGCCAUCAAACAAGCUCUACUUACGAUAAUCCAACAGCGGCAAAGAGACAGCUUCAUUAUAACAGACAGCCUCUCCUCCCUGUAUGCAAUUGUGAACCCUGUGCACAGCUCCCCACUGAUUGCAGAGAUUCAGACACAUCUGCGCGACCACAGCCAUCUUAACACCAGGAUAGAAUGGACCAAGGCCCACGUUGGCAACAGGGGGAACGAGCAAGCAGAUCAACUUGCAAAGGAGGCUGCAAGAAACAUCAAUGCGGAACAUAUCACCAUCCCUUGGCCAGUUUCAUAUUUAAAGAAAAGUCUGAAACACAAGGCAAAAUCCGUUUGGCAGGAGGAAUGGGAUACUGGUGAGACAGGACGCCGUGCUCACUAUCACGUCCCUACGGUAGACUCAGACCGUCUCAUAGUGCAUGCACAAAUGGUCCGAUACAUUACCGGACACGGUCCUUUUCCCGUGUACUAUGAAAAACACGGGAUCGCACAAAAUGCACAUUGUAUAUGUGGUGAGAUGGGCACCCCAGAUCAUUAUGUUACCCAAUGCCCGCUUACAGCAGAUCUGCACCUGCCAAUUCCAACUACAAACACGCAGGCUUUCUGCAGAUUUAUGGUUAAAGACAAACGUACUGUCCGAAAAAUCAACAAGAUAGUUGAUAAACUCAUGAACGUGGGCACAGACUUAUGUCUAAUCUAA